AUGUCGGGCUCGUCACGGGCACUCCUGCGAACUAUAGUGUCUGUGUUUGAAAACUGGUCCGUCAACAAAAAUUGGGAUAAGCUGCCCUCGCAGGAUAUCAAGGACCUCAACGAUACCAUAUAUGCAUACAAGGAGAGACAUAAUCUGUUGUCGUCGCUCAACUCUCUGAUCAACCAUGAGCUUCGAUCUACCUAUAGCAAGUACAUCAAGGAUUCACUGGACCUAUCCAAAGAGGUUUUAUUCUUGGAUCUUUUGACCAAGUUACUGGCAGGGCUCAAUGGAGAAGAGGUGAAGUUGUGGUUGGCCACAUAUUUAUUCCCGGCAAUUGAAAGCACGGGAUUUGAUAUCAAGUUUGUAAACAAAGCAAGGGAUUUUAUUCGUCUGGUUACAAUAGAUUUAUUCCCCACUGAUGACCCAGCUCUACGAGACAGAAGACAGGCAAUUGCCCGAAUGGUUGUGGACUAUAUUUUACGCAUCUACUUGGGCACUUACGAAGAGGCAUACAAAUUGAUCGGGAUGGAGUUCGAAGAUGCCUCUGCCCGACGUAAUGACACUCACGAAAAUAUUGAGAGGAUACGCUUCAUGGAGCGGAAUUGUGGUGGUCUUUUACAGGAGUACGGCCAGCAGAGCCCUACAGCAUACUUCACGCUUAUCAAUCAAUACUUUGUCAAAGUGGAAGACAGACUCAAGGUCCUUUGCCUCCUAUCCAUGUCUGUGUCAAGCUAUGCCUCCCGAUCAAAGGCAAUAAUCGACACCCCAUUAUUUCAUAGCUUGCUACGAUGUCUUCUGGAAGAUCAGAGUGAGUCAAUUGUUGCUUCAGCGCUUUCUGUAUUGGCUGUUUUUAUGGGAAAGCUUUGUGAGCAAUUGUCCCCAUAUGUUUCUGAUCUUUUCUUAAUCUACGCUCGAUUGAUUGCCAGGCAGGAUCCGGGCACUUUACCAGCAAAUACUACAGAAGAGAAAAAGACUAGUUGGUUGGUGGCGCCACCUGAUAUGGAGCUGAUCACAGCUGGAUCCAUUCUCAGCACCAGUGAAGAAUCUAACUUUCAGUACUUCAUUACUGUGCUUUAUGCGUUGUUCCCGUCUAACCUUUUGCGAUUCAGCAAGAACCCUUCAGGGUAUUUAAAAUUACAGCAUCCCAAAGUGGUAGUAUACAAUUUGGAGUCGUUUGAUGCUGAAAACAAACUUCACCAUCUUACCAGAGACCUCUGUAGGCAGAUGAGGCUUCAUCCUAAUCUUGUGGAGCUGGUGACGCUACAGGAAGAGCUUCGCAGUCCGCUUCAGUGGAUAUCUAAUGAGAUUCAGGGGGGAAUGAGCGAAGAUGAUGUAAUCCUCCAUGUUCUUCGUCUCAAUCCUGUUUUCAUCAUGUGGCUCCCUGAUAGUCUGAUGUUACCCAAACUCCUCAGUGAGAAAAUUCAAGAGGAUGUUCGUACUUCAAAUCAACAAUUCUCAGGAGAUUCAUCUGGUAGCCGUCAAAGAGGCUCAAAUGUUGAGAGCAUCAACACAACUGUUACUUCUGACAGUAUUGAAGGCACUCUGACGCCAAGGAGAUCGUCUAUUGUACCUAAAAAAGUCCGCAAUGAGAAGUCCCCAAAUGAGCCUCAAAUAAGAUUCAAGACCGUUGACUUUUCAAUGCCAAAGCCGGAGGAUUCAUCACCUAGACCUAUUAAUGGGAAUACGCUGACUUCAGAACAUGAUGGCCAAAUACUCGAGCUCUUCUCUGCCCAUGAGAAAUUGUACAGAAUGUCAAGCACGCGAAGAAACUCGGUGCAGCUGGAACUCCAAAACCCACAGGUAGCAUCAGGAAACUUUCAGACAACUACGAAAAGUGCGUCCACUUUACUCAACGAACAGCUUAAAGGAAAGAAAGAUGAAGAGCAGACUGUAUCAAAGGGAAGUUCCUUGGAUUUCUAUCAACGUGAGUUGUUGCUUUACAAAAAUGAAAUCGAGUUCAUUUUGUAUAUGAAGGAGUUGUAUAAGUUGAGCUGUAUCAAACUCAAGAUCCACAAUGGUGAACUACGAAGGAGUUUGGAGAAGCAGGGUUUUAAGAGCUCACCCAAGAAUGCGGACCUGAAAUCACACAAUGCAUUGCUCAUUGCUUUGGAAGAAUUGCAGAAGAGUAGUCAGACCAAAUUGGCUAGUGCUAAAGCAGAGAAUGUAAGCCUUUCAAAAAGGAUCAUCGAGAUUCAGUCCGAAAUCAAAAACUUACAUGGUCAAUUGAAUGAUGUUCAAUCAAUCAAAGACGCUGCAUUGGCUGACUUGGAAGUUUACAAACACUCGGCGGGCGAGAUGGAGGUUGAGUUAGAACAACUCAAGUUGAAAGAGAAGGCAGAAUCUGCUAAGAGUGAGCCUCAACCAUACCCCAAAGCUCAAUCUAGUUCCCCUUCAAAUGAGGCUACACCCUUCAUCUCCGAGCACGAAGCAGAGUUACACAGCCUUCACGUGGAGUUGGAGAUGGCUCGAUCAGAGACCAGUAGUCUCGAAAGAAAGCUCAAAGAUGCCGAGGAGAAGAUGGAUCUCACCGUGAGAGGGUAUGAAAAGCAAAUCGCAAACAUGAAGCUCGAUAUUGGUGAGUCUGUCAGAAAAGAGGUGGGUCACUACUUACGCAAAAUUCAGGAGCUUGAGUCUGCUAUAAUGAAGUAUAGCACGUCGAUUGAGGAGAAGAAUAUCCUCAUUCAGCAACUUUCUACUUCCAAGCCAAUCAAGAUUCCUGGUGGAAGAGAACUGGAGUAUGUCUCGAGUCCAGUGAAACCUCGAAACAUCCCAGUGCCGCCAAGGCACAACAGAGCGUAUGAAAUCGGCACCCCCGACCAGAGAGGUGGCCGAAACAUGCAAGAGUACUUUGAUACCAGAUCAAGUUCUGGUACACUGAUGAGGUCCUCCACGUCUGCUCAAUCCGUCCAGAUCAAUCCUAGACCCCACACUGCGAUGUAUAGGCUGCCAACCACCACCUCUAUCCCUGUGAUAAAGGGUCGUGGUGGAUACCAAAAGAGGUCGAAGAAGAUGUGA